CGUGAGCUCCAUAUAACGCCGCUCCGCAGUCAGACGUCACACAGCUGCAGAGUCCGAGGAGACGAGAUGAGUGCUGGUCAGAGUGAAAUACCCCUGGAGGGCAGACUGGGGGCGCUGCAGUGCCACUUCACCUGGGAUCUGGAGCCCAGCAGGGACGAACUUUUGAGAAUCAAGGACAAGCUGCAGGACAUCGGCACAGAGGACGGAUGCAAGUGGCUGGGACACGUUUACAACCUGCAGGGGUUCGUCCACUUCCAGCUGGGCUCCAUUGAAGAGGCCAGGAGUUUCUUCAGCAGAGCCGAGGAGGCCUUCAGGCGGAUGAGAGGAGCAGAGGAGGGUCCCUGGCUGGUGGUGACCUACGGGAACCAGGCCUGGCUGCACCAUCACCAGGGAGAAGAUGCAGAGAGUCGGGCUUGUCUGUCAAAGAUCGACGGCCUGAUGACUGAGAGUCCACCGCAGGACGAGCUGCACCCGGAGAUCUGCGCUGAGAGAGCCUGGACUCUGAUGAAGUUCAGCGGAGAGCAGAAUCUUCUGGCAGAUGAUUACUUCCAGAGAGCCAUCCGGAUGCAGCCGGACGUGGUGGAGUGGCAGACCAGCCACGUGUUAUGGUUAGUCAACAUGUCCAAACACAGCGAAACAGGGCUCAAGGCAGACAUCAUGGAGAAGCUGAGAAAAGCCAAAGAGCAGGAUCCAGAGAACCUGUACCUCGCUGCCGUUUACCUCCUGCAACUCGUUAAGAAAGGACAAACAGACCAGAGUGGAGCACGUGAGUUAGCCACAAAGGUUCUGAGAAACCCAGUCAGCAGCUACAGUGGAAUUAAACCUUUGCUGAGGUUUUACAGAACCUUCACCUCCUUGGACGAGGCUGUGGCUUUGGCAGAAGAGGCUCUGAAGCUACAUCCGGAUGAACGUUAUCUGAAGAGAUGUGCCGCACUGAGCUACAAGUGGAAGAUCUGGGAGAAGGACAGUCUCCCAAGUCCGAGCCUGAUAGAGAAAGGGAUCCGUGUCCAUGAGGAGUUGAUUUCUCUUUAUCCUCAUUCCUCAUUCAUGAAGAGAAUGGAUCUCGCAAGUAUUUACGCAAAGUCAGAGACCACCAAGGCCAAAGCUGAGAAGAUCUACAGGGAGCUGCUCACAGAGGAUCUGCAACCUGCUGACCAACAAACGUUCUUCAACAUCUACGCUAAAUAUGUGUUCUUCACUCUACGGCAGCCGAAGAUGUCAAUCAAGUAUCACAUGAAGGCGGCGGAGAUACCGAUCAAGUCCUUUCAUCAGGACAGCAGCAUCCAGUCUCUGGAGAAGAUCAGACACCGAAAGGGGAACCAAGAGGUCGACAGGUUUCUGUCCAGGCUGAGAGAGUCUCAGAGAUAAAUCCACCAGAUAUCACCCACACCCAAUCGGAAUCUAUUUGCAUUCAUCUGAUUCAUGUUUGAGAUUAACGACAUGUAGCUUGAGAAUGUUCUGAUGGUGGUGAAAAAAAGAUACGCAUUAAAAAGUCUUCAAUAUAGUUUUUAUAUCUGUAGAAUAGUUUUUUUAUGGUUUUCAGAGUGGUUGUAAUAUUGACGUUAUUAAUAGUGAUGCAUAUGUAGCAGCAGGUUUCAGGUAUGAGAGAUUCAUACAUUAUUAUUAGAGGAAGACAACAUUGAAACAUAUUCUUAAAAAACAUAUUCAGUGGAAACUGGCUGCAGUCAUCAUGUGUUGCUGAUGUGGAGGAAACGUUUGCUCGCUCCUUUAAAAAACAGCUUGUUAGUUUAUUGAACAGAAAAGACUGUGUAUUAAAUGUACUUAUGUUUUGAGUGAUGAAAAUUGAUCUCUAUAAAGUGUAUUUCUUCAUUUGAAUGUUAAUUGUUCAUUUGUUGUAUAACCUGAGUAUAUAACUUUGCUAAUACUAUUAAACACUUUGUCUUUAA